GUUGUGGGAGACGUCAAGGUUAGGCAACCGGAGGCAAAAACAAACGAAAAAAAAAACAGGAUUGACAAAGGGAUUUUCCCUCUCCAGUAGCCGCAUUCGUCUCGCCUGGAAGCUUCUGAAUAGUUGAGAGAGGUGGAACCGUAUCACUCAUCUUGGAACCUGCGCAGCACUCCGUCACACCAUCAUGGAGUCGGCACGCUCAUCUCUACACUUGUCGCUGCUCGUCUCCUGGCUCGUCACGUGUGGAUAUCGGACGUAUGCGGCCGAAGUUUCGAACGACGCCCGCUCUCCCGUUGUCCGCAUCAGCGAUGGACUCGUCGCCGGCCGACGUGACAUUGUCAGCGGUGUUCCGGUGCAGGCUUUCCUCGGAAUACCUUACGCGCAGCCACCGGUGGGAGAGCUGCGUUUCGAGAAACCACGGCCUCCGAUUCCGUGGAACGGAACGUACGACGCCUCGAGAACGCCCAACCCGUGUAUGCAGAUCGACUUUCCUUUCAUAAAGGAGGCAAAAAUCAAGUACUCGCACUCUUCGGAGGAUUGCCUAUACAUGAACGUUUGGAGGCCCGCUACGGCGUGUGCUUCAGACGGCAAGUGCGAGGCCAAUUUGCCCGUGCUGGUUUUCUUCCACGGAGGUGGCUUUCAGUGGGGCGACUCGUCACUGUUCGUUCACGAUCUGUCCAACUUUGUUGCUCUCUCCAACGUGAUUGGUGUCGGCUUCAAUUACAGGGUGAGCAUUUUCGGUUUCCUAACGGCGGGUUCCAAGGAGUUCCCCGGGAACUGGGGCCUCUGGGACCAGCACCUAGCGCUUCAGUGGGUGCAGAAGAACAUCGCCGCUUUCGGAGGCAAUCCGAACGAAGUGACACUGGCAGGUCAAAGCGCAGGGGCCAUCUCGGUUGCUCUGCACUCAAUUUCACCGAAGGGAAAGGGCCUUUUCAAAAGGAUGCUUUUGCAAAGCGGGGCCACGGCGUCGAUGAUAGUUGGAGAGCCAUACAAAGGCACGGGAAAAUUCUUAGCAGUGGCGGCAGCCGCGGGGUGCUACGAUGAAAGACGAAGCCUCCAAGAGCAGUUGAAAGAAUCUGUGGCUUGCCUUAAGAAAGCCGAUGGCCGUGCCAUCUACGAGUGGCUCGCGAAAGAGAAACCUCAAGACCAGAUAUUCCCUCCCGUCAACGGUGACGACUAUCUCCCGGUUGACCCUCUCCUCGAAAACGCGGCUGAUGAAAUAGCUGCGCAAGAGGUUUUCUUGGGGACGGUUGCUAACGAAGGCACGGUGUUCGCUUACCACAUUGGCAAAGUUUCCGCUGUUGCUGAAGGCGCCUUUUCGUUCGUGGAUGACUACAGGUUUGUCGUUACGUUGGUCAUAAGUACGCUUUUCAACCUACCGGUCUCAACAGCGAGGGGAAUCAUCAAGGACUACUUUGGUGAUUACGACAAGCACCACACCAAAGAUCAAGUACUGACGAUUUUCGGUGACAUCAUCGGGGACGGCGGCUUUUACUGCCCCGUCGUAUUCUUUGCUGAAAAGGCAUCGAAGCAGGGCAUCAGGACGUAUAGGUAUCAAUACGCGCACAAGUCUUCCUUCAACGUAUGGCCAGACUGGGUCGGCGUCUUCCAUACUGAAGACCUGUUUUUCACCACAGGAGCACUACCUUUUCUCACCCAGAAAGAGAAGCAUCGGCCAUCGCUGUGGCACACGCUGAAAGAUGAGCUGAACGUGACGCACUACACCGAAGACGAAGAGAUGUUCAUGAAAGAACUCGUUUCUACAAUUGCUGCCUACGUGCAAAAUGGGAAACCAACCAUACCGGGGUCGCACGCGGAGUGGCCUUUGUACAACACGGGUGCACAGCAAUACGUGCGCCUUCGGCCGGACAACUACACAAUAGAGACUGAGGAGCGGCAGGCGUUUUGUGAGCUGUGGAGGCCGAUUCUGCUGAAACGGUAUCCCAGAUCUACAACAGGGGGGCGCAAAGAAGAGGCAACAAGGUCCGGGAGAGCUCCUUCCACAUCGUUGCCGCACCCCAGUACAAACGAUCUUGAAAGUAAUUACAUCUCAAAGGCACCCAAGCACUCAGACGCAUACAACACAGCCAUCUUACUCGCAGUGACAGUUUUUUAUGCCUUACAUCACAUGGCACGCUGCACACAAUGUACGUGGAGCCUCGCAGUGACACUCGUUGUUGCCGUUAGCUUCGUACCCUGUGUAUAUAGUGCUGAAUCGGAACCUGUUGUUAGCACCAGCUCAGGCCUUGUGGUUGGGAAGCGUGUGAAUAUCAACGGAAAAAAUGUGGACUCAUUUCUGGGAAUACCGUACGCAGCAGCCCCCAUUGGUCAGCUGCGUUUCGAAAGACCGCAAGCGGCGGCGCCUUGGAACGGAACGUACAGAGCCACAAACAUGCCUGCGCCAUGUUGGCAGACUACAUUGCGAUUCGUCGACGGGGCACCUCUAGACUACCAUUCCAGUGCUUCGGAGGACUGCCUUUAUUUAAAUGUCUGGAGAAAGUCUUCAACCUGCUCUGAUUCAACGGGAUGUGAUGCCAGAAGACCUGUGAUUGUGUUCAUCCAUGGCGGUGGGUUUACGUGGGGUGACUCGGCGCUGUUUGUGUACAACAUGGCAAACUUGGCAGCACUGUCCGACGUCGUGUGUGUCACGUUCAACUACAGAGUGAGCAUACUGGGCUUUCUGUCCCUAGACCGACCGGAGCUGCCGGGAAACAUGGGCCUUUGGGACCAGAACCUAGCACUGAGAUGGGUGCGAACUAACAUCGCGAGUUUCGGCGGUGACCCGGAUGAUGUGACGUUGAUGGGGCAGAGUGCCGGUGGUAUCUGUGUCGGUCUGCAUGCUGCGUCUCCGCAUAGCCAAGGCCUCUUUAAGAAAGCUUUCAUGACGAGUGGUGCACCACUGUCGUUGAUCCUCGGCUCUUCUCACAGCGGUGAAGGCAAGUUCCUACACAUUGUGGGCCUCUUGGGCUGUUACGACUACAAAAGAACCUUAGACGAUCAGCUUAGUGACGCAGUUGCUUGCUUGAAGAAACUGAACGCCAGCUUUAUCUUCAGGACCCUGGAAGGUCAAGAUGCAAUGGUGCAAGUGUUUGUCCCUACGCUCGGCAAUGAUUUCAUCUCUCGAAGCCCAUUUUCUGAGAAUACGUGGAAGACGCUUCCUAUAGAGAAGGUUGUGCUCGGAAGUGUGCUUAACGAGGGAACCCUGCUCUUGGACAAUAUACAAUACGCGUCUCCAGGAUUGAAGACCAUACUCUCUACCGACUACAGGCUUGCCAUAACGCUAGCCAUGCAGCCCAUGUUCGGCAUAUCAGUGAAGCAGGCGAGAAGUAUCGUGCGGGCGUACUUCGGAGAUCAUGACAUUGAGCACACCCAGGAGCGAGUAAGAAAGCUGUUCAGUGAGCUGUUGGGAGACGCUGUGUUUGAUUGCCCCGUUCAACUCAUGAGCGAGUUAACGUCGCAGCAGGGAAUCGACACCUACCGCUACCUUUUCGCUCAUCGAGGAUCGUACAGUUUUUGGCCGAAGUGGAUGGGCGUAGCUCACUCAGAUGAAACUAUGUACAUCCUCGGAUCACUACCAUUUUUGAACAAUACCGCUUACAGAAUUAAAGCGAUGGGAGAAGCCGCGUCCGACAUAAUGUCAUCGAAGAACUAUACCAGCGAAGAGGAGAAGAUGAUGGAAGAGGUCGUCAGUGCUGUUGCCUCCUUUGCCAAGACCGGGAAACCGGUUAUUCCUCACCCGAACGUCGAGUGGCCCGAGUACACGAUGGGGAAUCCCCAAAUGCUGAUGCUCAAGCCCAACAACUACACCAUCGUUCUGGACAUGAAGAGAGAACGAUGCAAGCUCUGGAAGCCAGUCCUCUACAAAAGCGACGAGUCUCCAAAUGCAAGGAAAACAGCGAGCACAAUCGAUAAGACUGCCAAACCCAGUGCACGCACGCCCAAGAAGAAAAACACGCCCAGCCUGGCCGAAGACAACAUGGUCUCAACGGCACCAGCGGUGAUCCACUCAACUAGCGUGCUUGCAUUUGUGUCCAUUACGUGUUUGUUCGGCUUCCUUCUUGACGCGAGAUUACUCAACAGCUGAAGACUGCAGUGGAUGUGAUUGACGAGCCUGAAAACAUUCAUAAGUGGUUUGUGUUUAGCUCUGUUAAUGAGGGUUGCCGCAGGGGUUAGGGUAAAGAGAAAUUCACCAAUGCCACGUGAAUGAAACUUGAUAUAACGUGAUGAAGCGGUUAGCCACAAGUGUUGUCCUCGUUUCAUAGUUCGAGAUUGGAUGCCUAACGGGAUAUAUCGUAGGAAAAUGAUAAUAAAUGAGGUGUACACAUUUUUACCUUGCCGGAA